GUAAUUAGCGCCUUGCGUUAGCGCCAUACCGACGCCGUUAUGCCUUUGCCAUGGUGCCACCACCUAGAAGCUUGACCUCGUUUAAAUCUUGCGGUAUUCUGACUUAACUUUACGCUCUAACUAACAACACACUGGUACCGGAUCGCGCAAACUAGUUGACACAAAGCUUUUUGUUUGGCGUUUAACAGAGACUGAACUUUAGAUUGGCCACCUACUUUUUGAAGUGCGAGUUGAAAACAGGUGAGUCUUUUGAAAUACCCUCAUAUCAGGAGGCACAUAUUCCAUAUAUUGGCAGAGGUGCCUGGCUGGUCCUUUGUGUAGAACGUGUCUUGUCUUGCAAAGGGCUAGUUCUUGUUGACCAGCCACUCCUCACCCUCGUGAGACCGAAUUCGCGUUAAUCCUCCUCUUUUCAAUUCUCAGGAGGAUACUCCGUGUUUGACUGCCUUGGGGCUGCCAAAGACCACCUAAUCGAUUUUAGAGGACUUCCGACCAAGACGUCAAUCGUUGUUCCUAGCGCGUUCAUCGGUACUUUUACCGAGCUUGAUGGGUAUGGAACAACCUGACCCCAUUGACAACAUGCAUGGUGUAAACACGUUACUUCCGGAUGCGCCUUUCUCGGAACAGAGCGUGGCUUGCGGCAAUACCACGUUGAUUCCACAAGAUACUGCCCAGUUGAAACACCAUCAUUCAGGUUCCAAUCAGACACCUCAAGAUCCUUUAGUGAAAACCACGGGGCAUACAACGCCUCUUGAAACGGCUCCCAAAACGUCAAAAGCUUCUUACAUUUCUUUACCAUCAGAACUGUUGCUCGAGAUUUUUCGUUAUGCCACUUACGUGCCGCGCUCCCGAGCUCUCACUCCCUCCGACCCAUUCGCACCUGAAACACCACACAAUUUUGCUUGGCAUGUGAACACGCCCGUCCUAUCUAUGCGGACCAAAUGCGUAUUGGUGCUCGUAUGCAAAGAGUGGAGGAUGCUAGCUACCGAGCUCCUGUACGAACACGUUGUGAUCAACAGCCAGCGCAAGGCAAAUCUGGUGUACCGCAGCUUAUGCAGCAAUACAGGCAACAUCGUUCCCGGCGCUCGGGUGGACAAGGGCAACGCGCUGGAAGAGGAUGACUUUCCACGGGGACACGGCAGAUGGGUUCGUCACCUUGAGGUUUAUGUUAGUAUUCGUGCUUCGGGAAAGCGUUCAUUCCUGACAAGUAUCGCUCUUAUCGCCUCCAAAUGUCUCAACCUACAAGUCUUCUCGGGUGCCUGGAUCCAUACUCCUCCAAAAGAGUUUCUGAACGUCAUUUUCGAACGACACAAGAAAACAUUGCAAGGUUUCUCCUGGACGCAACCUACGUACUCGUUCAGCCUCAGCGGGGAGACAAACAACUCGUUCUGCAACCCAGGUCUUCUCGAUAUUCUCGAGAAUCUGAAGAUAUUGGAUCUGCGAGUAUUUGCGAAACAUGCAUUGCCAAUGGAUGCCGUCGAAAGGGACGAUGACAAGGAACAGGCUCUGAUUCAAGCGACACCUGUAGUUUCUCAACCCAAAAUGACUUUACCAUAUGUCUCGACGUUGUGUAUCGCGCCUGCACCGGCCUUGCUCGCAUUUCUGUCGACGGUUUCGCUCCCUGCUCUUCACACUCUCAUCAUCGAUUCCAGCAGUUCAUCAAGCGAUGUUGGGGAGAUCAAUCCGCCCGCAAUCUCGACUAGCGAAACCUCACCAUUGACGUAUACAUUACUUCAGUUUCUCGCUGCUCAUGGCUCCUCCAUCACUUCACUGGAACUUAUACCACCGACUUCGAAACAACAUUUAUCUAGUGAUGAUGCCACUGCAAUAAGUAGUGUUAAGGGAGCUUACGUGCCGAGUCCGUUUCCCAUAUCUCCUGGGUUCUUCUUACAGCCCGGGGUAUGUCCAAAUCUCCAAAGCCUGGUGUAUGACUGUAGAGAACGAUGUAUGGUGUUCCCCGUAGCGUUCGACUUCGCAGUUAGCCCCGAAAAACAGUAUUAUCUACGGGAAUCGGACACUCCUACACCUCCGGAUCUGCUUACAUCACGUCCGUCGACGCCAGUUGCUGUCGCUCCAGAUACUGUGCUACCAAUCCCCAUACCCUCCAAGCCGACUUUAAUGUCCCACUCUCAUACUUCCCUUCGUCAAAUCGGCAUUCGAGGUUUGGAGGUCUCGCAUCUCUAUCCGUCGAAGCCAUGCCAUUCUCAGACUCAUCUUGUUGCAUUACUCAAUUUACGAGAAGGUGGCACUGAUCUCUUGCCGUCACUUCGCAAGGUGCAAACAAUCGGAUUUUUAGUCGAGGGGUCUACGGACUUCAAUACGAAGGAUAUCGUCAUUUGGUGGAUGGAAAGAUUCGAUGAAGCUAAUAUGGAUCUACUGGAUGGGGAAGGCGUUUUGUGGCUCUACGAUGACUAUUGAAGGCAUCCUUCUGGUUCGAGGAAACGCGGAAGAAGUGGACUUGUAAUCGGGGAGACUAAAUCAUGACAUCUUCAUACCGACUCCGAGGCUAGCCACGCUAAGGAGUUUCUGCGAUGUAUGUCAUUGCGUUGUCACCAAACUGGGUAUCGAUCAUCAAACAUUCUUCAUCUUUGUGAUCUGGAUGUAAGCUUGUAGGACAAACAUAUUAUCUGUUAAAUUCUCUACCAUACAUUCGUUUGUCAAUACAACGUCUCGAAUCGACAGGAAAGCCAUAUGUCUCAAGCAAGCGUGACUAUCAUACAUAUACUGGAUGGCAUCUAUAUGUUCAUAGCUACAGUCGUAUCCAGGUCCAUCGUAUUUGGGUCCAUCGUAUUUGGGUCCAGAAUACUUCAGCCUCAAUAGCAAGAACAAAGCGUUGAAGUAACA